AAGCCUGACGGCUCUCUCUCCGUGGGCUAGGUUCUGAACUCCCGGGGAUGCGCCCAGGGAGGCGGCCCAGAGGCCCCACCCCCCCACCCGGCCGGGCUCAGGCCCCACGUGUGGGGCGGGGGCGGAGUCCCGCACAAAGGCCCGGCGGAGUGAGCUCUACCCCGGACCCGCCGGGCGGGCGCGCGCAUUCCCGGUGGCUGUGGAGGGAGUGAACCGUCUCCUGGCGCCGCCGUGGGAGGUCCGCUGCCCCUUUGUCCCCGCGGGGCCUCCAUCAAACUUGGGAGAGUGUCUGCGCUGGCGACAAAUUCCUGACAACUUCCCUCUUCUGCCGGGCGGGUGCUACACAGAUACCAGCUCCGAGGCUAUGUUCCAGAUUCCUAGCCGCUGCAUGAACUGUGCCUUGCCUUACUUAACCAAAUGCUAUCAUUUCUCUGGAUCAAGAGUUCUUCACGGGUUCCUGAGCUGGUGCCAGGCAGGUGACACCGUCUGCCCGAAGCCCCCAGCAUGUGGGCAGGCCCGGGCCCCGCCGUCACACUGGCCCUGGUGGUGGUGGUGGCAUGGGCCACAGAGCUGAAGCCCACAGCGCCACCCAUCUUCACGGGCCGGCCUUUUGUGGUAGCAUGGGAUGUGCCCACACAAGACUGCGGCCCACGCCUCAAGGUGCCCCUGGACCCAAAGAAGGACCUGACUGUGUUCGAUGUGCAGGCCUCGCCUAAUGAGGGUUUUGUGAACCAGAAUAUCACCAUCUUCUACCGUGACCGGCUAGGCCUGUAUCCACGCUUUGAUUUGGCAGGGAGGUCUGUGCAUGGUGGUGUGCCACAGAAUGGCAGCCUCUGGGCACACCUGAAGAUGCUGCGGGAACAUGUGGAGCACUACAUUCGUACAGAGGAGCCUGCAGGGCUGGCAGUCAUUGACUGGGAGGACUGGCGGCCUGUGUGGGUUCGCAACUGGCAAGACAAGGACGUGUACCGCAGGUCAUCACGCCAGUUAGUAGCCAGUUGCCAUCCUGACUGGCCAUCAGACCGUGUAGUCAAGCAGGCGCAAUACGAGUUUGAGUUUGCUGCACGGCAGUUCAUGCUGGAGACACUGCGCUUUGUCAAGGAAGUUCGGCCUCGGCACCUCUGGGGCUUCUACCUCUUCCCGGACUGUUAUAACCACGAUUAUGUGCAGAACUGGGAGACCUAUACAGGCCGCUGCCCUGAUGUUGAGGUCUCCCGAAACGACCAGCUGGCCUGGCUGUGGGCCGAGAGCACGGCCCUCUUCCCCUCUGUCUACCUGCACGAGACACUCGCUUCCUCCACCCAUGGCCGCAACUUUGUCAGCUUCCGUGUUCAGGAGGCCCUUCGAGUGGCUCACACCCACCACGCCAACUAUGCACUCCCGGUCUAUGUCUUCACACGGCCCACCUAUAGCCGCAGGCUCACAGGGCUUAGCGAGAUGGAUCUCAUCUCCACCAUUGGGGAGAGUGCAGCCCUGGGUGCAGCCGGUGUUAUCCUCUGGGGCGAUGCAGGGUACACCACCAGCACGGUUUCCCUAGACCUGCCCUGUGCCAUGGCAGCCCACCUGCUUCCCAUCUGCGCCCUCUUCCUGAUCUUGCUCAGCAUGGCCCAAGGCUCCAGAGGCCCUGUGGUACCCAACCAGCCCUUCACCACCAUCUGGAACGCAGACACCGAGUACUGCCUGAAGAGGCACGGCGUGGAUGUGAAUGUCAGUGUCUUUGAUGUGGUGGCCAACCCGGGGCAGACCUUUCGCGGCCCUAACAUGACCAUUUUCUACAGCUCCCAGCUGGGCACCUACCCCUACUACACGUCUACUGGGGAGCCGGUGUUUGGUGGCCUGCCCCAGAAUGCCAGCCUGGUUGCCCACCUGGCCCGCACAUCCCAGGACAUCCAGGAUGCCAUGCCUACAUCUGACUUUUCAGGGCUGGCAGUCAUUGACUGGGAGGCAUGGCGCCCACGCUGGGCCUUCAACUGGGACACCAAAGACAUUUACCGGCAGCGCUCACGGGCACUAGUACAGGGGCAGCACCCUGACUGGCCGGCUCCUUGGGUGGAAGCAGCAGCUCAGGACCAAUUCCAGAAGGCUGCUCAGGACUGGAUGGCAUAUACUCUCAAGCUGGGAUGGACACUGCGGCCUCAUGGCCUCUGGGGCUUCUAUGGCUUCCCUGACUGCUACAACUAUGACUUUCUAAGCCCCAACUACACAGGCCAGUGCUCGCCAGACAUCCGUGCCCAGAACGACCAGCUGGGGUGGCUGUGGGGCCUGAGCCAUGCCCUCUACCCCAGCAUUUACAUGCCUGCAGUGCUGGAGGGCACAGGGAAGGCACUGAUGUAUGUGCGGCACCGUGUGGGUGAGGCAUUCCGUGUGGCUGUGGGUGCUGGGGACCCCAAUCUGCCCGUUCUGCCCUACGCCCAGAUCUUCUACGACACAACAAACCGCUUUCUGCCCCUGGAUGAGCUGGAGCACAGCCUGGGGGAGAGUGCGGCCCAGGGAGCAGCAGGAGUGGUGCUCUGGGUGAGCUGGGAGAACACAAGAACCAAGGAAUCAUGCCAGGCCAUCAAGAAGUAUGUGGACACCAUGCUCGGGCCCUUCAUCCUGAAUGUGACCAGUGGGGCUCGUCUGUGCAGUCAAGCCCUGUGCUCAGGCCAUGGCCGCUGUGUCCGACGCCCCAGCCACCCUGAAGCCCUCCUCAUCCUCAACCCUGCCAGUUUCUCCAUCAAGCUCACGCCUGGUGGUGGGCCCCUCACCCUACAGGGUGCCCUCUCUCUUGAGGAUCAGGCCCAGAUGGCUGUGGAGUUCAAAUGCCGCUGCUACCCUGGCUGGAGGGGAGCAUGGUGUAAGCAGCAGGCCGUGUGGUGAUUGGCCACACACCAGAUGCACACCCUGAGCACCUAAUGCACUCUGGGCUUAGCCACAGCUUUCUAAGUGCAGCACAGUCACACAGGUCAUGGUCAGUCAGGAGUACACUCAGCCGCCAUCAUGAGCAUAUGCCUAUGCAUGCACACAUGCUUACAGACUGGGAUAACUGCAUAUAGAGUUAGAGCCUCCGGCACCCACCCAGCAGGCUCAUAAACAUUUCCUCUAGAGACACUGAGCCAGUCUUUAUCUUUUUCUUUUAUUAUUUUUGUGUGUGUGAGGAAGAUUGUCGCUGAGCUAACAUCUAUACCAGUCUUCCUCUAUUUUAUGUGGGACGUCACUUCAGUGUGGCUUAACUAGCGGUGCUAGGUCGGUGCAUGGUCAGAACCUGCGAACCCCCGGCCUCCAAAGUGGAACGCAGGAACUUAACCACUACGCCACUGGGCCGGCCCCUGAGCCAGUCUUUAAACUGCAGCAAUCACAAGAACUGACAUUCACUGAGCACCUAUUCUUCGCCAAGUCCUGUGCUAAGCAUUUUAAGUAGGCUAACUCAUUCAAUCCUAAAACCACGCUAUGAGGAAAUGGAGGCACACACGAGGAGGCUAAGCAGUUUGCCCAAGGUUGCACAGCCAGAAAAUGGAGAAGCUGAGAUUCGAACCCAGGCUGUCUGACUAUAGAGGUAGAGCCCUUUGGCUCCUACUCUGUGUUGAUGGUAACCAGCCAUGCACACACCUGAAUUCAUUCAGAGGCAACAGCCACACAAAUAAAGCAGACUUGAUUCUCA